UAAUAAAGUAAGCAAAUAUAUUUGCAAUCACUCAAAGUUCCUUUAGUUUAUUCUCUAUUGUUUCUUUCAAAUGGCAAGGUCCUAUUUAGUUGGAAAAAACCCUUCCACAAUCUCCAUAAUUUUGUUCCUUGGGUUGCUACUGGCUAGCUUAGAUACAACAGGUGCUCAAAUAGGAGUUUGCUAUGGAAUGCUUGGCAAUAACCUGCCACCACCAAGACAAGUUAUAGAUCUCUACAAGCAGAAAAACAUCAUCAGAACGCGACUCUAUGACCCAAACCCAAAUGCUCUCCAAGCCCUUGGAGGUUCCAAUAUAGAGCUCAUGCUUGGCCUUGUAAAUGAAGACCUUCAACGUAUUGCUUCCAAUCAAGCUGAAGCAAAUAAGUGGGUGCAAAAUAAUGUACGAAACUAUGGAAAUGUCAAAUUCCGUUACAUUGCAGUUGGAAAUGAGGUGAAGCCCUCAGAUCCAUUCGCAAGGUUCCUAGUUCCUGCCAUGCAAAAUAUUCGCAGUGCACUCAAUUCAGCUGGUCUUGGGAAUAUUAAAGUUUCUACAGCUAUUGAUACUGGAGUCCUUACAGACCAGUCCUUCCCUCCUUCUAAUGGGGCUUUCCGGCAAGAAUAUCGACCAAUUCUUGAUCCUGUUAUUGGAUUUCUUGUGAACAACAAAUCUCCAUUGCUCGUCAACUUAUAUCCAUACUUCAGUUACAUUGGCAAUACUCGAGACAUCCGUCUUGAUUAUGCUCUUUUCACAGCUCCGUCACCUGUAGUCUCUGAUCCAAGAAAUGGACUUAGGUACCAAAACCUUUUUGAUGCCAUCCUUGAUACUGUUUAUGCUGCCUUGGAGAAGGCUGGUGGAGGCUCUUUGGAAAUUGUAGUAUCUGAAAGCGGUUGGCCUACCGCUGGAGGGGUUGGAACAUCAGUUGAAAAUGCAAGAACUUACAAUAACAACUUGAUUCAACAUGUGAAAAGAGGGAGUCCAAAGAAGCCUGGAAAACCCAUAGAAACUUACAUUUUUGCUACGUUUGAUGAGAAUACCAAAGGUGGCGCAGAGUUGGAGAAAUACUGGGGACUCUUCUUUCCAAACAAGCAGCCUAAAUACCCUGUCAAUUUCAAUUAAAACAGCGGAUAUAGCCUAUAAGUUGCAUCUAAUUAGGGACAGUGCUAUGUAUUACUAAAUAAGAGAGCACUGAAAUACCCAAAAAAAUGAUGUCUAUAUUUGUAUGAUCUUCCUUUGAAUUAGAGCAUGAUGACUUAUUGCCUAGUCAAGCAAUAAGUCUAACUUUAAGUUCCAUAAUCAAAUAUAAUUACUUAUUAAUUUUUCAUCA